GUCGAGGGGACUGGGAGUCCCUGUACGCGCCAGUUCGGGAGGUGAGGUCAGGCGUUUCCCCUUUGGCUGGCCCCCCCUUUUUUUUUUAAAGCCCAGCAUCGAGUGUUUUUUUUUUCUGAAAGCACCGAACGGCUUAUUACUCUUGCAUUAGGGGGAUUUUAAACGUUCGGUGGAUGAACACUAAUUCGGUGCGCUGAUCAAGGUUUGUGGUGGGGAAAAACACGUACAGUGGCGUAUCUAGGAAAAGAGUGAUGGUGGACAAUUCCAGUAGCAACAAAGCGCAAGUGCCCAGCUUGUCCCAGGACAGCAGUCUGACUGGAGCAUUCUCCCAGGCGGCUUUCGGAAGUUCAGCCGGUGUCAAAUUGGAGGCGGUUAUGGAGCAACUCCAGAGACAACAGCAGGCAAAACUAGAGAUGGAGCGCAAAGAGAGACACUUUAGGGAAGCCCGUAUUCUGUAUGCCCAACAGCUGGCUGCACAGCAAGCUUCCGCCGCACAGCUAGCUGCACAGCUGGCUUCUGCCAGGGCCCAGGGUGCCCCAUUAGCCCCUGAUUUUUACAGCAAAAACUCCCGAGACAGAGCGCUGAAAGGUGGACAGGGGCCGCAGGCUGCCAGGGGGCCCACGAAAAGCAGCCCUGACCUAAAUGAGAAGGACACUACUGAUGAGAUGGACAGGGGAAGAGGGUCUGAAGGGUAUGAAGAUGAUGACGAUGAGAUGAUGGAUGAAGAUGAUGGCAGUGAAGACGAGGAAAGCGAAGGAUUAGAGUUCCUCAGGAAACAGAGCUUUGCUCUUCAGCAAGCAGCCAUUGGGGUGCCUCCGUAUUCAUUCCCCGUUUAUGCCGCCUCACACUCUGCUGCUAAAAAACGUGCCCGAUCACCAACCACUAAGGUUAAGGAUGAACCCGAUGACUUCCACUCCGAUCAACAAGCAUUUAACACACCAAACGGACUGGCCGAUUGGAGUCUCGAUGACUCUUUCAAACAGAAUGGGAAUUCAAGUUGGAACGAUGAAGGCGAUGGAGGGAGAAGCCGUGGAGAAGCCUCUAGAGACUUUGCCAAGCUUUAUGAACUGGACAAUGACCCAAAACGGAAGGAGUUUCUGGAUGAACUAUUUGCAUACAUGCAGAAAAGAGGUACACCUGUGAAUCGGAUCCCCAUCAUGGCCAAGCAGGUGCUGGAUCUGUAUAUGCUAUAUAAGCUGGUGACUGAGAAGGGAGGUCUGGUGGAGGUGAUAAAUAAGAAGAUCUGGAGGGAGAUUACCAAAGGCCUGAACCUUCCCACCUCUAUCACCAGUGCCGCCUUCACCCUCCGCACACAGUAUAUGAAGUACCUGUACCCAUAUGAAUGUGAGAAGAAUGGUCUAAGCUCCCCUGGAGAGCUGCAGGCUGCCAUCGACAGUAACCGCAGGGAGGGUCGUCGUCCCGGCUAUAGCAACAGUCUGUAUCGAUUUUCCCCUUCUCCCAGUGCCUCAGCCCCCCACCUCCUCUCUCCUUCAAAACUGCACCUGCCUGCCACUGGACACAAUGGACUUCAGGCCACCCCCAGUCCUGCCAUGAAGAAAGCUACAGUUCCAGAGGAUGGUCCCGCCUCCAUGCUGCCAGGUCGACUCCCCUUGGCACUGGCUCUUGGGCAUCAACAGCAACUGGCACGCGCUGCCACCCUGGAGCAGCUGAGGGAGAGGCUGGAGACCAGCAUGGGCGCUGGGGCAGUGAACACAGGGGCCCCCGCGCUGGAGGGGCCAGAGAGGAAGAUGGCGCGAUUGGCAGAGGAGCAGCAGAGGCUACUGCAGCAGGCUUUCCAACAGAACCUGCUGGCCAUGGCGUCACAGGUCAACCCUGCCAACCUCCGAAUGAACAACACCGCCACCACCCGCGAGGAAAAGCAGGACCUCUCUCUCAGCCUUUCUUCUAAUGGCUCUGCAAGCAUUACCGUGUCUGUGGAGGUCAACGGGAUCAUUUACUCAGGAUCCUUAUAUGCCCAAAAGUCAUCUGCUGCUGUCCCAACCUCUGCUUCAACCACAGCCACGCCCACAGGCCACACCUCCACCCUCAGCCCCAGUAUCCCCUCUUCUUCUUCCUCCUCAAAGGGUCCUGACUCUGUGGAACCAGCCACAGGCGGCUCACCCUAACCAUCACCAGCUCCCUGUAACCAAACAACCAGUCAGUCCAGCCUAAGCUACAGUCUUUCCCAUUCUGCCCUCUAGAGGCAACGUAAUGAAUCACAUUCUGCCUACCGCACAUAUUGCAGCUGUGUUAUCCUUCCAGUGAAGGGAGGACCACACACAUACACACACUUACGAACUCAACAGCUGUCUAAGCUCAACAUGGACCACACCUGCUCUUAUCUACAAGUCUUCACGGUGUUUUCUCAGGACUUGAGAGGGUUUUUAAAGUUUAAUUCAACGAAAUACCUAGGUUGUGGUUGACAUUUUGCGGUCUAUUAAUACUUUUAUUUAAAGUUUGCUGAAUUGACCUCAUAUGCAGUGAAUUUGAAAGACUCAGGAUCGAUUACUAUGAUACUGCUGUGUUCUUUGUCUGUUCUGAUGGAUUUGAAAACAUUCUAGAAUCCUCAUCAAACUUUGCAAAGUUGGUUUGGUAUGAAAAGGGGUCACAAUUAUAUAUUUUUCCUUUUUUUAAAAUAUUAUUUACUUGAGUUUAUUGUUUUCUAUUUCCAUUGUUUUCUUUUUUAGUUUCUAGAUACAGAAAUAUUAUUAUGAUAUGAAAAAGAGUUUUGAGUUUGAAAUUGCAUUUUCCACAGCUGAGAGGUUGUUUUUUUGUUAUUAUUUAGACAUAUUUACAGGCAACAAUUUGGUUGAAAGAUUUUUCUCUACCUCAGACACAAGACAAUGUAUGAUAGAAAAGAAACUGUGUGGUAACAUAUCCAAGCGGGUGGUUUCCCACAGGUCAAUCAUUUCUGUGCGUUGGACGAUCAUGUAUAGGCUCGUGAAUAAGAGCUUUAAUUAUUCUAUUCUUUUACUCUGGAACGCAAGUGGCUGCUUCAAACAUACUUAAACCAGGUCACGGCAAAGCAGGAUAACAUUCAAAUCAACAGAGGAUUGAAUGUUUAUUUUUCUUAUGUAUUUUCAAUUGUUGAAACUUCAGACCUCACCUAUCUUUCCAUAUUGGAAAGCAUGUUUCUCAGGAAUUUCAGUUUUUGUUUUUUUGUCAUACAUUUUUACCUCAGAACAGUCUCACGUCUGGAAAAUAAACAACACUUCAUAUAACGCAGUCACUGUGGGACUGAAAUAGCUACCUCAAGUCAGAAUUUACCAUAGAUAAAGUUUCAACUGCCCACAGUGCAUCACCGAAUUACCUCAAAUACUGUAGUCCUACUCUUUGAUGCAAAAAACAUCUCAGGUUAUGAAUUAGCAAAAUACCUCAGACAGAACAUGAAUACACUGGUGUGAGAUGAAAAUAUUGUUCAUAUCCAUGAAGUAUUGAUUAUCGAAUGGACUGUCUUCCAAUACUUCCAGAACACUUCCAGUUGAUAUGGCACAAUCCAUGCUGGUCGGACUGGUCAUGAAGAGUUCAUGUACUUUGCUGAUUUAGCCUUGUCAACAAUAAGCUUUACAUUUACAAUCCUGCAUUUGCGUGACCCUGGGACCUGCUGGGAUACAGACACCUUUAGAUACUUCUCAUUUCUUUAUUCCUUAGAUAACUGCAUAGCUGAACACCAAAGACCAUGUGUUUGUUGUUCUCUUUAAUGACCUCGCUGGAAAGACACAUGCAUCUUUACACAAUUAAAUUCUGAUCUGAUGCAACAUUUUCAUGGUUUCACUGCAUUUUAUUUUUUUUAAUUACAAAGUGUAAUGUAUUCUAACCCUUACAGCUAAAAUAAAAUGACUUUAUAUGGCA